UGGGUGCGUGGGUCCAGGGAGUGGUUUUCACUUAGUGAUCUUAUAGCUAAGAGACUAAGCCAUCUUUCCUUUGUCCCUGCCUGCAGCGUCCUCCUUGUAGCCACUGGCUUAUCAGUCCCCAACCAGGUUGACUUCCCUGGCUCCGAAAACGUGGAGGGUUACGAGUCUGUGUCCAUAGACCCUGAGGACUUUAUAGGCCAGAAUGUGCUGAUCCUGGGCCGUGGGAACUCAGCCUUUGAGACGGCAGAGAACAUCUUGGGUGUCACAAACUUUAUCCACAUGCUCAGCCGCUCCCGGGUCCGUCUGUCCUGGGCCACCCACUACGUUGGAGACCUCAGAGCCAUCAACAAUGGCCUGCUGGAUACCUACCAGCUGAAGUCCCUGGAUGGGCUGCUCGAGUCUGACCUGAGGGAUCUGGCCAUCCUGAAGGAUAGCAAAGGCAAGUUCCAUGUCACCCUGAAAUUCUUCCUGGAAGAAGCCAGCACCAACCAGAGUGCCGACGCCAUCACCCUCCCCCAGGACGACAAUGACAACUUUGCCAUGCGCGUGCCCUAUGACCGAGUCAUCCGCUGCCUGGGCUGGAACUUUGACUUCUCCAUUUUCAAUAAGUCCCUCCGACUUAACUCGGGAAAUGCAUUCGGCAAGAAGUACCCGCUAAUUCGAGCUAGCUACGAAUCCAAAGGAAGCCGGGGUCUGUUUAUCCUGGGUACCGCCAGCCACUCAGUGGACUACCGGAAAUCUGCUGGGGGCUUCAUCCACGGAUUCCGAUAUACAGGAACGCUGAGCUUGAAGAAUGUGAACCUGGUUCCCAGCUGGGUGGUCCUAGAGGUGAAGCUUCCAAGCCCCUGAUGGACAUCCUAACAUCACAGAUGGAAAUGAGGUGAACUCUCCA